CGCACGCGGAUUCCCGUACCGUGUGAACUCGCCCUUACGUCAAACGUCAAACAAACGUCGAGCGCAGCCCGGAACGGUCAUUCCGGCGAGAUGAAUUUCGGAAGGGUGGCUAGCAUUAAUGUUUUUCGCAAAGUGCAACAGCUCGAGACGUUGGUCAAGCCCGGUGGCUUACUCGUGCGAAGCUGCAAUCGAACGCAAUUCCCCAAGUCCGCGUCGAGUCUCGCGAGUCUGAACCGCUCUGUGAUUGCUAGGGCGAGCAAUCCAAAAUGCCACGUUCUGUCCAAGCUGCCUGCACAAUUGACGGUCAGCAUCGCCCAGACUCGCGCGGCGAGCGCUCACGGCGAUCACGUACGCUUGUGGAUGAUGGAGAAAAUAGUAUCCGCAUCCUUCUUGGCGCUGAUACCCGCCGCCCUGGUCUUUGAAAACAAAUUUUUCGACAUAUUACUGGCGGUUGCUAUUGUCACGCACACACAUUGGGGAGUGGAAGCUAUCGUUGUCGAUUACGUGCGGCCGGUCAUCGUAGGUAACUUUGUUCCGAAAGUGGCGAUCUUCAUGCUGACUCUAUUAUCCGCGGCUACUCUCGCCGGCCUGCUUGUGCUCAUCUACAACGGCCCUGGUCUUACGAAGAUCGUUAAAAAUGGCUGGGCAGUAGGUAAAGAUAGGCAGAAGGCCAGUUAAACGUCGCCAUUACAGCAGAAAUGUUUGUGUUGUACGUAUGAAGGUCUUGUUAAGAUGGUAGCUUGUAUAAAUUAUCUCGGAAUAAAUUAUUUACUUAUUCAACAGC